AGCGCGCGCUCACUGCUCAUUAUUUAACGUCUUCAAAUUGAGCGGCAGCGGAAAGACGAGCUUGACGCAGAUCGGACGCUGUUGUGACUGUUGGAAUAAGCUGGUAGGGCUGCCGGAGGAGGAGGAGGAGGAGGAGGAAGGGGGGGGUCUGCAUGUGUAUUGACAUCUGAAGUGCUGGGAGCCUGUAUGCGCCGCUUCAUGCGCCAACCUUCACUCCUCAGGUGAAGCGUCCGCACCUAUGGGCUGUUAUUUUUCAUCUCGACAACAUUUUCUUUCAGGCUAAUCUUGUCUCACCUCGCAGCUGACGCUUCGAUGUUGAUAAAACGACGCGCAUGCGUUUCUCUUGGAAUAAUUUUGCAAUCUAAGUUGCAUCCCUGAGAGCUUGUGUCAAAGUCGUUGGCAGGAUCAGAGUUAGUGAUGUGGAGUACUCUGGACCGCGGACGCUGGGGGGUCUGCUGUUUGUCCCUGCUGGUGACUGUAGUCUGCGGGGCGCAAAGUGCCAACGAGCCUAGCAAUAUGUCAUAUGUGAAAGCCACCGUGGACAAGCUGCUGAAGGGCUAUGACAUCCGUCUGCGGCCUGAUUUUGGAGGCGCCCCUGUGGAUGUUGGCAUGAGCAUAGACAUCGCCAGUAUUGACAUGGUGUCUGAAGUCAACAUGGACUACACCAUCACCAUGUACUUCCAGCAGUCCUGGAGAGACAAGCGCCUCUCUUAUACAGGCAUUCCUCUCAACCUCACCCUGGACAACCGGGUGGCAGACCAGCUGUGGGUCCCUGACACCUACUUCAUUAAUGACAAGAAGUCCUUUGUCCAUGGGGUGACAGUGAAGAACCGGAUGAUCAGACUGCACCCUGAUGGAACUGUGCUCUAUGGUCUGAGGAUCACCACAACAGCUGCCUGUAUGAUGGACCUGCGCAGAUACCCACUGGAUGAGCAGAACUGCACCUUGGAGAUUGAGAGCUAUGGAUACACCACUGAUGACAUCGAGUUCUACUGGCAGGGAGGAAGUAACAGAGGCUCAGUCACUGGGGUGGAGAACAUCGAACUGCCACAGUUCUCCAUCAUAGACUACCAAACCCUCUCCAAGAAAGCUGUGUUUGCCACAGGUUCUUAUCCACGCCUGUCCCUGAGCUUUAAGCUGAAGAGGAACAUUGGUUAUUUCAUCCUGCAAACCUACAUGCCUUCCACCCUAAUUACCAUCCUGUCCUGGGUCUCCUUCUGGAUUAACUAUGAUGCCUCGGCUGCCAGAGUAGCCUUGGGUAUAACCACGGUGCUGACCAUGACCACCAUCAACACCCACCUUAGGGAGACUCUACCUAAGAUCCCCUAUGUUAAAGCCAUUGACAUUUACCUUAUGGGUUGCUUUGUCUUUGUCUUUCUGGCCUUGCUGGAGUAUGCCUUUGUCAACUACAUCUUUUUUGGUCGAGGUCCUCACUUGCAGAAGAAGGUGGCAGAAAAAGCUGCUAAGUCUAACAACGAGAAUAAGAGCAGACUGGAGAGCAACAAAGUGCAGGUUGAUGCUCAUGGAAACAUUCUCCUCACCAAUCUAACCAGUGAGAUGAGUGGAACAGAUAUGAUGGGUGCUCUCAAUGACCCUCGGGCUACCAUGUUCUCUUAUGAUAGCGCCAGCAUACAGUACCGCAAGCCCAUGACCAGCCGAGACCUGUAUGGACGACCGGCCAUUGACCGGCCAAUUGGCCACAAGAAGGGCCGCUUGCGGAGGAGGGCCUCACAGCUAAAAGUCAAAAUCCCUGACCUCACGGAUGUCAACGCCAUAGACAAGUGGUCCCGUGUCGUCUUCCCAAUCGCAUUCACUUUCUUUAACCUGGUCUAUUGGCUUUACUAUGUCCACUAGGGUGGCAGAAGUGUGCAUGUGUGGUUGCACUACUGCUUAUGAUUUGGCAGAAAAGCAACCUAAAUCUUGUACAGCGAUGGAAGUAGAGCAGCAUUCAGUAGGUUUGUAUAAAUCCUGUUUUGGAAUGAGGAGGACUGUAUAUCUUUUCACUGUAAAUACAACUUAAUGUGUAUAUAUAUAUAUAUAAUAUAUAUACACACACACAUGUAUACAUAUAUAUAUA